AUGUUUAAGUGGGUUACAUCAAGACGAGACAUCAAGACGAAUCUUGUGACACGCUUAGAAGGCUUGAAGCCGUCCCAAAUCACGCGAAGUCAGGUGAUUUGCCGCUUCCAGAUCCGAGUGGCCAGAACCUCGCGCUUGGGUCCGGGCGAACAAGCAGUGUGGAAGGAGGCCCAGCCGUUCUUCUGCGUAUCCGCGGAUGAAGUCCACGAUCAGUACUGCGCCUUCCUUUCCGAUUUCCUUCGCUACGGCGAGGAAUACAUCGUGAGCGUGCGAGCUGGCUCCGCUGAUCGCUGGAGCGAGUGGAGUGUUGCCUCAGAUCCUACGCGCCUCAAGGCCCGCGACCUGGAGCCGGGCGCGGUGCGCCUGCGAUGCGAAGUGCUGGCCUGCCAGCCGAGCCUUGAGGCCUUCGCAGCGCGGGAGCACAUCCUGCACUUCGCCUUCCCGGCCUUUCGCAGCUUCGACCCCCGCACGCCUCUGCCGGUGGAGUACUGCAUCGAGGCCUGGCAGCGCCCGGACCUGCUGGGCGCCUCCUCCCCCGAGCAGCUGCUGGCGCUGUCGCGGUGCCAGGAGAGGCGUGCUGUCAUUCCUGGGGCUGGCCCCGAAUGGGAAGAUGCCAGCCCCGUUUUCGUGACCACUGUGCGGAGCGACAAGGUGCAUGGCAAGAUGGUGGAGUGCGAGGUGGACAUGCGGAAAACGGCUCUCGUGUCCCGGUCCCAGGUUUACUUCAGCGUGAAAGCGCGGUAUCUGAGCUUGCCGCUGGAGGCCAGCUUCAGCCCCACGGCUAGCAAGUAG